UGAACGACAUCGUUCGAUUGCUUUUCUUGUGGAGCUUGCCUCAGUCGUCUCCUUCGGUUCCCAUUCUGCGUGGGAAUUACGCAUUGUGUUUUUAUCGCAAUUCGAUUCGCGCGUACUUUGGUGAACCGAGGUUUCACAGGUUGAAGGAUUAUGUUCUUUUCUAGGUUUUAUUUGCUAGGAGCUCAUAUAAUCAAGAGUCGGGUCAAAGCUCCAACUCUUACUCAAAGAACGCCUUACUUUCCUGUAUCCCAUAAUAAAUUCCUCCGUGGUCUGAGACAUGAAUUGUUUAGCAGCACCUCUAAUAAACCUGAUCCAGAGGACAACAAUGCAGAAAAAAUAAAUGUGACAUUUGUUGACAAAGAUGGAGAAGAGACUCAUGUUAAAGUCCCAGUUGGAAUGUCAAUGUUGGAAGCUGCACAUGAGAAUGACAUAGAACUUGAAGGAGCAUGUGAGGGAUCACUGGCUUGUUCCACUUGUCAUGUUAUUGUGAUGGAUGUGGACAAGUAUAACAAUUUACCAGAUCCAACUGAUGAGGAAAAUGAUAUGUUAGAUCUUGCAUUUGGACUCACCGAAACAUCUCGUCUGGGUUGUCAGAUAAUUGCCAAACCUGAACUUGAUGGACUUCGUUUAGCACUCCCGGCUGCUACACGAAACUUUGCAGUUGAUGGAUAUAAGCCAAAACCUCACUAAAUCAUUCUUGCAGAUGGACAAUGGUUAGGAGUCUUAGCAUAGGUUGUCACGGAGGUUUCAUACAAUUUUGUGGUGUAUCGCAGCAUGGGAAGUGAACCUCAAAUGGUGAGUAGCUGAUAAUUAUACCCUUUUGAGUAUAUUUUAUUCCUAUGCUUUAUUCGUUUGGUAAUAUCGCUGAAAAGAAUAAAAAAAAAAAAAUAGCCCUUUUGUGUUGAGGAGGAGCUCUUAUUGCCCUUUGUUCUGUUUCUGGCUUACACAUUGAUAACCCGAAUCUUAUACGGCAACAUCAAGUUGUCAUUUAGUUCUUGCUCUGAUAGACUUCCCUGCCGUUUGUUCCUUAAUGCUUAAAUUUUUGUUUUAAAAUUUAAGCAAUGCCCCGAAAAGGAUUUAGUUCACUUAUUCUUUCCCCGGGUUUGUGUAAUUGGAUUUGUGUAAUUGGAUUUGUGUUCUUGCUGCCAUUUAUUUUUUAUUCUACCCCAAAUUUAAUGCUGAUAAGGAAUGAUAAUGAAAUGUUGGAGCAACUAUAUAGAUAAGGAAUUGGUUAAGUUCUAUA